AUGGCACCUACUGCUCUUGUUACAGGAGGAACUGGAUUUAUUGGAAGUCAUACUGUUGUUGAACUUAUUGAAAUUGGAUAUGAUGUUGUUAUUAUUGAUAAUUUAACUAACUCACAUGAAACAGUUAUAUCACAUAUUCUUCAAAUUACAAAAGCUGAUCCCAAAAGAAUUACAUUUUAUAAAGCUGAUUUACUCAAUAUUGAAGAAAUUGAUCAAAUAUUAAAUAAACACACCAUUGAUUUUGUUAUUCACUUUGCUGCAUUAAAAGCAGUUGGAGAAUCUGUUUCUAAACCAAUUGAAUAUUAUAGAAAUAAUUUGAAUGGUGUUUUGAAUUUAUUAGACUCGAUGCAAAGACACAACAUUUGGAGAAUUAUUUUCUCUUCUUCAGCAACUGUUUAUGGAGAACCUGAAGUUAUGCCAGUGAAAGAAACAACACCUUUACAAAAGCCAUCAAAUCCAUAUGGUCAAACUAAAGCAAUGACUGAACAAAUUUUAACUGACUUUAGUAAAGCACAUAAAGAGGCAUCAGUAAUUUUAUUAAGAUAUUUUAAUCCAAUAGGUGCACAUAAAAGUGGUUUACUUGGAGAAAAUCCAUUAGGAAUUCCAACCAAUUUAAUGCCAAUUAUAACAAAAGUUUUAGUAGGUAAAUUACCACAAUUAUCAGUCUUUGGAAAUGAUUAUAAUACUCGAGAUGGAACUUGUAUUAGAGAUUAUAUUCAUGUUGUUGAUCUUGCUCAAGGUCACGUAGCUGCAUUGAAAGUAUUAUUAAAGCAACAAGGAUUAAAUAUUUAUAAUCUUGGAACAGGAAAUGGAUGUACUGUAUUAGAAGUUAUUCAUGCAAUGGAAAAGGCAUCAGGUAAGAAGAUUAAUUAUACUAUUGUUGGAAGACGUCCAGGAGAUAUUCCAGCUAUUUAUGCUGAAUGUAAAAAAGCAGAAGAAGAAUUAGGAUGGAAGGCAAAAUUAACAUUAGAAGAUAUGUGCAAAGACUCUUGGAGAUGGCAAACAAAUUAUCCAGAUGGCAUUUAA